CCUGCCACGGACUCUGUCUGAGCAGACUUCAAUCCUCCUCAGUCAACUGAGCUAAGCUGCACAGAACAGAAGCGCCUGUCGUCUGUCUCCUUCUUUCUCCUCUUUUUACAGGGUUUGUCUGCUGGUCAUUUGGAAAUGGAACAAUAUUUCAUUCACUGACUGACAUUUGUGUUAAAGUAAAUCAUUGUGGAGCCAUGCUGAGAUCAUUUGAUUACUUUUUUGACUGGAUAAGAUGGAUGUCAUCAAGCUCUGAAGAGCAACGGCGACUGGAUUUGAAGGAAGUGGCCCAGGCUGUGAUUAGGCCACUAAAGAGUGGGCUCCAUUCCUUCAACAAUGUCUCAGAGAUGCUCCUCCGUGUCAAUGCAGACAUUGUCCUUCCUGAUAGCCAGACUUUUCGUGACAUUAGACAAGAGAUUGAGAACAUGAAGCAGCGGAUGGAAGAGUCGGAGCUGGUAGCCAGAAGAGAGCUUCAGAAGCUUGAUAGGGAGACUGAACAUCUCACUGCAGAGCAGAGUCGUUUAGCAAAAGAGAAAAGGCAGAAAGAGCUUAAGAUAGAAGGCUUAAAAAUACAGCUGGAGUCACAUAUAUCCUCUCUGGAGAGUUACAAAGGAGCUCUGGAGAGAGCGAGGGAUAACCUGAAGUCAGCAGAAAACACCCGAGAUAGAAUGAGAGAUAGGAGAGAUACCGCAGAGACCGUAAGGAAUGUUGGGAUUGGUGUCACGUUAAUCCCAUUUGUGGGGUGGGUUGCUGGACCAAUUAUGAUUGUGGCUGGUGAGCACGAGAGGAGCAUGGCCUCUGAUGCUGUGGACAGCGCUAAUAGGGAGAUAGAGAACUGUGAAUCUCAGGUUAGCUCAUACUCCCAAAAAGUGUCUGAGUACAAUUCCUCGAUUUGUCAAGCUCAGCGUGAAAUCCAAGAGGCUGACAACAAGAUUCGUGAGGUGGAGGCCACACUGCGGAGUGUGGCUGUGAAGAGGGAGGCUGUUUCUAAUGUUCAACAAAAAGUGAGAUGUGCUGUCCAUCAGCUGGGGAAGCUGUGUGGGGUGGGGAACGUGGCAGAGCUUCAGACCAAACGCCUAAUCCUGUUUGAGCCUAUGGUGAAGGUAAUGGAGGAAAUGACCACAGCACUGAGUCAGAUCGCUGGAAAUGAGCUGCUGCACACUGAGGGCAUAAACAGCUUGAUGUGGGACAUUAAAGUAAAACAGAAGAGACUAAACCAACUUGUUGCCACCAAUAAGAGUAUUGGUGAGGAUUAUUACUGAUUUGCAUUUCUCUCAGUCAUUGCUGCAUGUUAGUAAGUUGUCCUUUUUACUUGUUGAGCUUCCUAAGUCUCCCUUUGUUGAAAGUAGCAGGACAGAAUGAACAGAAAUACUAGUAGUACUGAUGUGAUGAAAUGAGACUAGAAGUUGAAAUGAAAAGAAAAAGUUUCACCUGCUUUUCUUGAUCGGGUAUUGAAAUGCUCUGGGCCUAAAGAGGAGUGACAUGAACAGUCUGUUUUACACAUGUACUGCUAAAUAUCUAAAGUCAUAUCUUCAUGUCAAAUACUAUGUUGUGCAUUGGUAAGAGCAGAUUUGGAUAUUAGCAAGUUAUCAAUAAUUAUCAAACAAUUAUUAAUAAUAAUACAAAUAUUAUUAGAAACUAGUAAUCCAAAUAGGGGCUAAUUUACAGGAGUUAUUACAACAAAAUAUGAAAGAUAUAUCACAGACAACUUUUCUUUAAUUUUAAUAGUUUACUAAUCUUUAGCACGACUAAUUCACAAUCAAUAGCACUUAAAUAAAAUAUACAUCUAUCAUUAAUGUUAUUUCUGUAGUAGCGUCAUGUAUUGGAGUUCCUUUAGGAACUGAACAUGUUAGCCUAUGCAUACAAGCUAUAUUAUAUUUAAGCUGUGAAAUAUCAAUCUAUCCUAGAAAGUAAGACCCGUGGGCGGGUGAGAGCUGGAAUAUAGUAGAAGUGUUGUUUCCUGUUAUGAUCACAGCUGAAGGGUUAUUGCAAAGACCUUGUGUCAUUCUAAUGAAUUCCCCUCCCAGUUCAAAGCAGUCCAGAACCAUCCAUAAGUACACCCGUUCGAGGCGAUCAAAAGCUUUUUCAUCAUCUAAAGAUAAAAUUGCACAGUGUGAAACAAUGUCUGUGGAUGCAUAUCUUUUAGAUGAUAAUCAUGUCUUAAUAAAGCCUGUCUGGUCAUGAUGGACUAAUUUUGUAAUUUUUUUAAUAAUUUCAAACGAUAGGCUCGGACACCUGCAUAUACUUUAAUUUCCGAGUUAAGAUCCACAAGGGUCUACAAUUACUACAUCUACUACAAUUACUGAUCUCUGUUAGGUUUUUGAAUAACAGUUACUAUGGCUGAAUUAGCAUCACUGACAAAGGAACCCUUAUCUACUGAAAGCAAAAUCAUUUACAGAAAGAGCUGCCCCAGUUCCUUCCAAAAUGUCACAUAGAACUCAGGUGGGCUUCCAUCCCAACCAGGACAUUUACCUUGUUUUAUCCCUAUAAGAGCUUUGUUUAGAUCAUUUAAAGUUAUAUUUCUACAUAGAUCAAGGGAGGGAAGUUUCAGACCCUCGAGGAAGCCUGAACACUUCUCUCUAUCCAAAAUAACUUCUGAUGUAUAUAAGGAAUGAUAAAAUGGUCAAAACUCUGUAUUUAUAUCUUUAGUAGUUUUACAGAAGAUCUUACGGCUUUUAUGUUAGAGUAUUUUGAAAAUGUCUAUAGUUUCAAAGCUAGGCUUAGGGUUAGGUGGCUGGGCCUUGCUCCAAUAAAAUAAUAGGGCCUUCUUGUUUGAUGGAUAUCAAAUUCUGCUCUAGCUCUGAAAAGAGUAUUUAAUUUAGACUUAACAGACUAUUUAUUUUUUUUGUAUCUUUUUUGAAUCCCACCUGUUGUUGCGUUUGUUCCAGAGUAUUUAAUAGAGAUCAUAAUAAUUGAUUUGACCCAUUCUCCUCCUUUUUAAAUCAGAUGAGAAGGAGAUAGAAGUGUUUGGAAUGCAACCCUUGUCAGCAUACCACAUCAAGCGUAGGUCAUCCACGCUCAUCUGUGCUGCCAUAGCUUUCUAGUACUGUUAAGGAUACAUUCAGUUUAGGAACCACAAGAGAGUCACGGGUUUAAUCGACAAAGGCAGAUGCAGCAGAAUGAUAAUACUUGUUGGCAAAACGAUGGGCAUCAGAUUGUUUUAAGUGUGAUUCUUGUAUGAAAGCUACGUCAACCUGGUGUCUACAAAGAUAGUCUAAACCAGCAGCACGCUUAACAGGUCUGUUCAAACAGUUUAUGUUCCAGCUUGCAAUAUUUAUACAAGAAUUCUUUGUCAUAACAGACUGAUUGGGAAGUAGAAAACAUUUUCCUUUGAAAGAGAAGCCCAAAAGAAAAAAAGAAAAACCCAUACACAUUUCCCAAUAUAUCCCACUAGAGAGUGGGAUGCCCCCCCUUCCUAACAUAGACACCUGACUUUGAGAAAGCUGGCGAAGCAACAUUUGCCUCUGCUCUUCUCCCAUUCAAAAUAAAAUGUAAGCUAACGAAGUCCAAGAUUCUUUCGCAUAGCAAAAGAAAAGGAGAUAAUAAAAUAAAAGACAAAACAAAUGAAGUUCAUUAUUACUUGGCCAUCAUUGCCUUUCUAAUUAAUUAAACGAAGGGCAAAUAAAUGAUAAAUAGUCUGUUUUGUCCUUGUACAGUUCCGUUCACAUUUGAAAAAAGUAAUGGAAGUUGUGAUAAUUCCAAUUGUCAACAUCUUUGUCAAGUUCUUAUUGGUCAAAACACAACAUACCGGUGUUCCAGUUCAGUGGGUAGUGUCUUUACCCUGUGUGAAGAAACUCUUCGGCUUCCUUACUGGUGUUGAAGGUGUGUAUCUCUGAUCCGAGAAUCGGUUUAAGCUUGGCAGGGUACAGUAAGAACACUUUAUAGUCUUGUUUCCUGGCUUCCUCCGUGGUGUGGUGACUGUAGUCUGCUGAAAAGCGGAUGGAUUUGCCCUCGAUGGACAAAGGAGAUUCUUUAGCAGCUUUGAGGAUUCUGUCUCGGUCUGUGAACCAUAGGAUUUUGAAGAAGAGGGAGCGUGGUGGACCUCCGGGGGUGCGUUCAGGGCCAAUUCUGUGGGCAUUCUUCACCUCUAACUUUACCCCAGCCAACGUCAGAAACCAUUUGAGAAGUGCUGCGUUGAGAAAAGCCAGUGCAUUGGGUCCCUCGCUCGAUUCAGUAAAUUAUUGUGGAGCCAUGCUGAGAUCAUUUGCUUCCUAUUUGGACUGGAGCAGACGGAUGUCAUCAAGCUCUGAAGAGCAACGGCACCUGGAUUUGAAGGAAGUGGCCCAGGCUGUGAUUAGGCCACUAAAGAGUGGGCUCCAUUCCUUCAACAAUGUCUUAGAGAUGCUCCUCCGUGUCAAUGCAGACAUUGUCCUUCCUGAUAGCCAGACUUUUCGUGACAUUAGACAAGAGAUUGAGAACAUGAAGCAGCGGAUGGAAGAGUCGGAGCAGGUAGCCAGAAGAGAGCUUCAGCAGCUUGAUGGGGAGACUGAACAUCUCACGGCAGAGCAGAGUCGUUUAGUAAAUCAGAAAAGGCAGAAAGAGCUUAAGAUAGAAGGCUUAAAAAUACAGCUGGAGUCACACAGAUCGUCUCUGGAGAGUUACAAAGGAGCUCUGGAGAGAGAGAGGGAUAACCUGAAGUCAGCAGAAAACACCCGAGAUAGAAUGAGAGAUAGGAGAGAUACCGGAGAGACCGUAAGGAAUGUUGGGAUUGGUGUCACGUUAAUCCCAAUUGUGGGGUGGGUUGCUGGACCAAUUAUGAUUGUGGCUGGUGAGCACGAGAGGAGCAUGGCCUCUGAUGCUGUGGACAGCGCUAAUAGGGAGAUAGAGAACUGUGAAUCUCAGGUUAGCUCAUACUCCCAAAAAGUGUCUGAGUACAAUUCCUCGAUUUGUCAAGCUCAGCGUGAAAUCCAAGAGGCUGACAACAAGAUUCGUGAGGUGGAGGCCACACUGCGGAGUGUGGCUGUGAAGAGGGAGGCUGUUUCUAAUGUUCAACAAAAAAUGAGAUGUGCUGUCCAUCAGCUGGGGAAGCUGUGUGGGGUGGGGAACGUGGCAGAGCUUCAGACCAAACGCCUAAUCCUGUUUGAGCCUAUGGUGAAGGUAAUGGAGGAAAUGACCACAGCACUGAGUCAGAUCGCUGGAAAUGAGCUGCUGCACACUGAGGGCAUAAACAGCUUGAUGUGGGACAUUUCUACCCACUGCUCCUCCCUCCCCCUUACCCCUGCAUCUGCCGACCUCAACUCUCUCCCCUUCAACUCUUCCCGUCGUUCUACCCUCCUCCGCUCUUCCUUCCUUACCCCUGCAUCUACCUCUCUCCCCUUAAGACCCCGUCGUUCUACCCUCCUCCGCUCUUCCUUCCUUACCCCUGCAUCUACCUCUCUCCCCUUAAGACCCCAUCGUUCUACCCUCCUCCGCUCUACCCUCCUUACCCCUGCAUCAGCCGACCUCAACUCUAACCCCUUCAACUCUCCCCGUCAUUCUGCCCUCCACUCCUCUCCCUUCCUUACCCCUGGUUCUACCCUCCACACAGAGAGCAGAAACAGCUUGAUGUGGGAAAUUAAAGAAAAACAGAAGAGACUAAACCAACUUGUUGCCACCAAUAUGAGUAUUGAUGAUGAUGAUAAUGAUUAUUACUGAUUUGCAUUUCUCUCAGUCAUUGCUGCAUGUUUGUAAGUUGUCUUUUUUACUUGUUGAGCUUCCUAAGUCUCCCUUCGUUGAAAGUAGCAGGACAGAAUGAACAGAAAUACUAGUAGUACUGAUGUGAUGAAAUGGGACUAGAAGUUAAAGUGAAAAGAAACAGUUUCACCUGCUUUUCUUGAUCGGGUAUUGAAAUGCUCUGGACCUAAAGAGGAGUGAUAUGAACAGUCUGUUUUACACAUGUACUGCUAAAUGUCUAAAGUCAUAUCUUCAUGUCAAAUACUAUGUUGUGGAUUGGUAAGAGCAGAUUUGGAUAUUAGCAAGUUGUCAUAAUUAUUUAACAAUUAUUAAUAAUAAUAGAAAUAUUAUUAGAAACUAGUAAUCCAAAUAGGGGCUAAUUUACAGGAGUUAUUACUGAAAAAUAUGAAAGAUAUAUCACAGACAACUUCUCUUUCAAUAUAAUAGUUUAAUUAUCUUCAGCACGACUAAUUCACAAUCAAUAGUACUUAAAUAAAAUAUACAUCUAUCAUUAAUCUCUACUAAUCUAAACUGAUAACAAGAUAAGCUACAAACAUGAACUGUGCACAAGCAUAAACUGACUGUGUGUGUGUGUGUGUGUGUGUGUGCGCGCGCGCACUAGAUAGCAUAGACUAGGUGAAUUAAAGCGACCGCUAACCCACCCUUGCUAACGUAACAAGUAUGUGCGCGUGCACGAAUCACUGGUCACUGUUUUCAAGACACAAGAAAUUGUAUUUUAUGUUAAGGUCCAUACAACACAGUAUUUUGUUUUGUUAAUGAUGACACACAGCUGAAAUCAUAAAGUUUUGCCUCCUGUAUUUUAUUCUUCAUUGCCACUGUGAACUACCCUGUCCUGAAUUUCACCCAUUCUCAUGUGGUCACCCUAUUAUCUGUAUGACAUGUUCAAAUAACUACUUCUAGUAGUCAUAGUAGCACCAGCACUUGUAUUAUUACCAUUACAUUUGUUAUCCUGCUAUUUCAGUUCUUGUCCACUAUUGCUGCUGUUCAUUUCCAUUAUUGUUGGUGUGCGCUUUAUUGUAGCUUCUGGACUGUUAGCUUUUAUUGACUGUAUUAUAUUAGAUCAACUCAGUACCCCCAAUCACACGUGAUGGUUCAUGAAACGCAUAGGGAGUUGAAAACAAAAUGAAUAUGAAACAAUCAUAAUGAAAUCUUAAAAAUGUAAAACAUCUGGUCAAAUAAGCAGGCAGCUCAGAUAAAAUUUGGAAAUGUUUUUGGACAUAAAUACAUUUUGAUAAGGAACUGUAAAGAAGUCACUGACUCAGACUUCCAGAGCCUCGGGUCCCUAUUUGCAAACACCCCUAACCCCCUAACCCUGAUCCAGGAUCAAACCAUGCAACGGUUCAGAAGAGAUUGGAAGGUCUAAACUACCAACUGGAGCCAGGUCACGAAGUGCCUUGGAGUUAAUCAGGGCGAUCUUGAAGUCCAUUACAAGUCGGGAGACAGUGUAAACAGGUGUUGUGUUACGUGAUCAGGUGUCUUGGUUUUAGUGAGAAGCCCGGCAGCUGAGUUCUGUUCAGUCUGUAGUCGUUUAAAGGUUGUUUUGAUGAAGGCAAAGAAAAAGCAGCACCAAAAAUCAAGGAAAGAGGAUAUAAAAGCAUGUACAACACUUUCUGCAUCACAAACAUGUCAAAUACAUUUCUGAUAGAAUCCAGAUUGGACAAGUAUUUUGAUGUGCUGCUAAAAACUAGUUGCUAUCCACCAGGACCCAAGAGUUCUUACAACAGGCUUGAUAUGUUGUGACAGGUAACCAGAAGAUGGCAGUAUUUAUUUUGUGAUUUGCUGGGACACAAUAAAAAUAAUUUCUGUUUUAUAA